AUGCGCUGGCGUAGAGGGCGUUAUACUCCAGCAUCCUCUAAUAUUCCCCACUGUGUCCUUCGCCAUCGCUCGCUCGGCUCCACUGUUGUGAUUCAUUGUGUCCAGGAGAAUAGGGGGAAAAAGUGGUGGCCGCAAGCGAAGACUGUUUCUCCACUGGACUCCGUUCACGAAUCACGGCCAGGUCCAAUGGCACCUGACUGUCUUCGUACGUUCGAAUGUCCACAGUCCGGGGCGUCCAGCACAACAGCGGAUUCGCAUUCCGCCCGCAUCGCCUCUGAAGUCCAGCCGAGCACGCCGUGGGAAAUUCAGAUGAAAUUCAGGCUCGGUCUAUGUGCAUCUCGCGACCGUGGGGCGUGGAAGAUGAGAAAUUCUCUCUGUUGGUGGCAUGGGUUUGUUGUGGGUCAAUUUAUGAUGUUUAAGGAUGAUGUUGCUGUGUCUUACGGACACCUCGUGGACAGGUUCGCCAUACGGAGCCCCGUGACGUACUACCGAACCUCGAAUACUAUACGGUCCCUGUACAUACGUCGCCCUGGCAUUCGCAGCCCCCUGGCCCGGCGACUUCCUACCCCUGUGACUUUGGAGCUAACAGCGAUGACCUGGGCCACCUGGCGGGCGCCCAUUGCGCGGAUCUCUUUACGUAGGGGAACAUCCUUCAAAAUAGAACGACAGCGGAAAUUGCACGUUCUUUUCGCACGGAAGUUGAAGAUCGUCAGCACUUUUCUACGCGAGCGAUCAUGGUCUGGGAUUUUGGUGCAGCUUACUAUGGACGUAAGGAAUGAUACAGGUCGAUCUGUGGCAACUAACUGGUCUGCUGCCGCUUUGAGUUGGUUUGGUUUGGUUUGGUUUGGUCGAUUUGACGCUCUCGGAGUUUUCGCACGCAAUGUGGCGAACCUGCGGUGCACAAGCCAGCGCUCGCUGGCUGGAAUCUGCCGUGGGCAGCGACCGAUCGUGAUUUGUGAUUUGCUCAGUGCCACUGCAGCGGCCGAGCGAUUCCAUCGCUGCAGAUGCUCGAAUCUACGGCAUGUUGCUGAGUCGGGACGAAUAUGAUAUGUCGAGCGUAUUUAUUCGAGGGUGAGGGUGCAGGUGACGCCAUGUCUUUUCCGUCUCGGAAGUGCAUUGUUUACAUGAAGUGAGCGAGAGAGGAGGAACGAAAUCGUUACUAGCUGCGUCGGAGCCCGACGAAAGCGGGACGAAGAGCAGAGAUUUGACAACUCAUGACGGAGAGAGGGCCGAAAGGGGGAGACCGGGAGAGCGAGCUGGUAAGCGCAUGAUGAUGAAGCCGGUGACUUUGCAACAGCGCAGGUGAAAGGUUCCUUGAGGAGUGACCGAUUUCUCGUCAAAAAGCCAUGUACGAGAGCCCUUUCCAUCUAUAAAGAUGUAUGGCG